CCCCAAAGCAUCAUUUUCUUAUGGAAUUUCCCAAAGUGCCUGCCUGCCUUUGCGCGCCCCUCCACCUUGUAAAAGAAGCAACCUCUUACUCCUACCAACGUAUGUGCAACGAAUAACAAUUCUUACGCAGCAAUUAGCGGUGUAUACCCGUUGCACUGCGAAUCUACCUUUCUUCCAAACCGCCGCGCGACGAUGCGAUAGGAAUCGAAACCACCAACAAUGGCGGACGAAGGCAGUUUCGAAGCUCUCCUGGCUUUGCAUAGAGAUUUAGUCACCAUAUCUGAGGCACUAAAGGAAGAUCGCGAAGCCCAAGGUCCUCUUUUAUUAUCACAACUUGCGCAAAAUCCUAUUCUAGAGGAGCUGGGUGGUAAAUUCAAGGGCUUGUUAGCAAAGCCUAGCAGGAAGAAAGAAAGUCGAGAUGCGGUGCUUUUAGGCAAAUGUAAAAUCUUCGACGAAGAGUAUACUUUCAACAAGGACUUCCAAGAACUCGUCUUGCAAGUCGCCGAUAGCCUAGACCUAGACGAGAUCGAAGCCGCCAAACUUACACUCCUUGCUGAAGAGGACGAAACCGCCUUCGCACGCUCGAGACAGGAAUGCGCUAUACUUCGAUUUCAUAGGGAGAGAAAUUUCUUACUCGAUUGCAUGGUGUUGCUCUUGGAGCUCUCUAAGGAAGAAGAUGAACUCCUCGCCGAAGAUGUGGGGGACGAUUUAGGGAUGCUCAGCCAAUACGUCGGCGCGAAUAUACUUCAUAUGAACAUUCCUGGUGUUACGAACACUUCGUCCAAACCGAGAUUCAUCCCUACGUGUAUGACCACGAUGCAUGAUAUCAGAACAUGGCUCCAAAGACUUUCUGAGCAGGCUGCAAGUGCUGCAGUACUGGGUCGCGCGACCGAAGCCCAAUUUCAGGAGAUCAUGGAGUUUACCUACGUCACCUUAACCCAGCAGCACGAACGCCUUGCUGUCAUGCUGUGUUAUGCAAUUGAGAAGCAUGUGGCAGUUGAGAGUGACUUUAUCGAAUUCAUCCGCUUGGUGAAGCAGGCCACAAAAUAUGACUCCUGUACCGUCCAUCUCGUACCUGUUCUGGGCACUUAUAUCACCUUUUUCGGCUCGACGGAAGGCAGCGGAAGCGUAGAACAAGCGAGAAAGUUAAAUACUAUUGUCUGCCAGCAGCAGGAUGAAAAUCGAUACUUGCCUUUCAUCAGCGCAGCAGUCAGAGCUUGGUGGAUAGCCGAGUAUAGUGGUUGGUACAUGGACGAUGCCGCCGGCUCAGGUCUUCCUGGGAUCGAUAUUGACGAAGAGGAUAAACAAAGGUCAAAACAGUUUACCGAAGCGUUGAAAGACGGUGCUUUCGACUUCAUAUUGGCGGUUGUUGCUGACGUAAGGGCAACCGAGUGGGAAGAUUCUGCUCGAAGGUCAUUGCGACAAUGGCUCCGAAAAAGGACCCCUACACUACCCGUGGAUACCGUCACAUUUUCUACCGCUUUACAAAACCGCUUGGCGGCAAAACUUGAAACAUUCGUGGAUGCUUUUAUCUCUAAUAUGCCUGAUGUGUUACGCCGACUAAAGAUUGAAGAAGAUGAGCAACGGCAAGCUAGUCAAGCUCAGGAGCAAGACUAUGAUCUGGAAAGAUUCCUUCUCAUAAUUGCAUACUCCUUUGAAGAUCGACCAGAAGCCGCGGAUGGCUUCUGGGCUGACCCCGAAAAUAAUUUGGCAGGUUUUCUACAGUGGGCAUCCCGAAGAGCAACAACGCCAGUCCAGGCCGCAUUCUGUGAGAUGCUUCAAUCAUUAUCCGAAGAUUCCGAAUCGGCGACAUCUGCUCAUGAAUUUCUCCUUGAUGAAGGGCAUCAGGUCCGAAAGCCACUGUCCCUCACCUGGACUCAUAUUAUGAAUGAAAUAGAAUACUUUGCCAACAAGAUUAGGGAGAAGCCCGUUCCAGCCCAAGUCGGCAUGCACAGAACUGGAAAGGUAAAUGCUGAACAAGCUGAGACGGAGCCUGAAUUUGCAGCAAUGCUAGAAUCCUAUCUAAGAUUGAUGGCUAAGCUUGCUGCCCAGAGCGAAGCCGCACGCAUUUAUCUACUCGAUCAACCAAAAAACAAGUUAGUCGAGGUGCUCUUUCAAAUAAUCAGCAGCUUGGUUGCUCCUCGGAUUAGAGCAUGCACAUUCAGAGCAUUGAGCUCUCUCCUUACCCGAAAAUCCCUCCACCAAAACCUAUCUAUAUGGAGGUAUUUGGAAUCAUGCCUCACUGGACAUUUCUUCUCGGCUACGCCGAAUAGGGUACCAGCAUCUUCGUCGACCCCUCAGCCUCCGUCCUUCUAUAUGGAAGGUCUUUUUCAGGAAAUUAGCCCGCACGUCGACGAUGCCAGUGCCUUCAUCCAAUUACUAACGGAUUUGAUAUCUCUUCCAGACGGAUAUAGCCCCUUGAAUGAUGCUUUGCCCUAUCCUGAUGAUAUUGGAGCAGCGGCAAGGGUGCGUCCUGGGAUCGAGCCGUACGUUGACUUUAGUCUGGGGCAUAUAUUCUCCGUGCGUGCUCAGGAUGUUCCAGAAUUAAUGCACCAGAGAAUGUUGCGAUUACGCUGCUUAGAUUUUGCCUUCACUUGUAUCGCGAGUUUUAACGAAGACUUAAUUGUCUUCAGCAACGAAUGCAAUAUCAACGUAGAUACUGCCAUUGAGAGUAAGAGCCUCGAAGCCUAUGUCACUCUUCACCCAUUCGCUCGAGUUAUGGAGUGGAUGUAUGACAGCAAAUUCAUUAAAGCUCUCCUCGACACAAUACACCAAAGCCAACCAGAUAUCGGAAAAGCAGCGCCGACUUCGCCCCUCAUUCUUAGCGCCAUACGUGCAAUCGAGCUCAUAUCAAAAACCCUAGACUUCCAGGCCACUUACCUUAAUGUUAUUCGGCCAAUUUUGAAACCGCAGACCCGAACACAAAGUCGAUCGCCAUAUAUACCAACAUCAAAUGGAGCGUUUGCUUCAAUAGAAGACGGUCUUAUGACCAACAUGGCGUUGAUAUCCGACCUCGGUAGCUACUGCGGCAUAGGACAUGCAGCAUUGACCUUAGCCAGUCUGAAGCUUCUGGAGAAGAUAUCUGCGUCGCCUAGGGUAGUCUCCGCUUGGCAGACUGGACCAACAUGGCAAUCCCAUCGUAAUAAGGCCAUCAUGGCUUUAGAGGAGCGAAAUGACGCGACUUCUAUAGCUGGAUCUUUGAUUUCCGAGUUCAGGAGUCCCUUAGACUUUCAUAAGGAAGGCGGUUCGAAUGAGUACCAAAUCAAACUCUACAUCCUAGACUUCCUUUACUCUUGCAUGCAAGCCAAUCCGGAUCAACCUACGAUAGCCCACCUGCUUCUCGGGUUCCGUUGUGGGGCCAACGCUCUUGGGAUAGAGCCAGGUAGCCUAUUUGAUCAACGAUCAUCUCUAUUCCAUGCGUUGUUACCAGUGAUCCUAGAAGUUCCAUUAAAGAACGAGGAGGGAUCGAUGCUUAGAUGGCUCAUCAACAUAAAGUACAAGGUCAUGCGGGUUCUCAGAAUACUCUGGAGUUCACCUCUAUCAACUGCUAUCGUUCUCAAUGAACUCCGAGAAAAUGAUUUCCUAUUUCAUAUUCUAAUGCAAGGCCUUGUAACUCAACAAAGUGUCAUGUGGGAUGGGCUCGAAGCUAUCGGCCCGGAUUUCCUUACUCAACCUGCUGCUGAAGGCUAUGUCAAUUAUCUCUCGAUGAGAGCUAUGGCACUGGAGUAUAUCACCCGGGAGCUCUGUAAUGUCUCCCACGGCCACAGGCCCGGACUCAAGCGACAAAUUUUUGAUGCUCUCGGCGGCCAAAUCAAAGUUGAAGGUAUGGAGGCUAUACCAGUACCCUCAGUAUUCGAAUUCCAUGAUUCGCUACCUCAAGAGAGUCUUUUCAUCGCGCCUGUGCCCGAGUUCAUCGAAACCGUUCAAAAUCUCGGCCUGAAUCCAUGCCGAGAAUUUGAUGACGACUCAAAGCCAAUAUUCAGUUUAAGUAAAGUCCAAGAGAUCCUGCUUCUAAAACAAAAUGAAGCUCGACAUUCUGGUCUUCUCGUCUCACAGCAAGAUGUAGCAGCGGCAGAGGCAGAACAAGAAAGCAUUUUACUAUACGUAAACUAUCUAAACAGAUUUGAACAAGUCAAGAAUUAUAGCCUGAAAGUUUUGACAGCCUGGACGAGACUUUUGAUGGUGAUGACCGACUGCAAUGACCUCAAAGGCACAAACAAGGUCUCAUUCAUAUUACAAACACUUCAGGCAACGCUCCCGAAUCUCGAAUUGUAUGGCUCGGAAAACCCCCCUGCUGCAUUGGAGUUAGCAAGACUAGCCAAGGUGUUACUAUUCGAACUAGAUUUCCAGACCAUGACUUCAACUGACAAGCAGAGUCGAGUGGUGGAAAACCUGAUCAGCGACAAACUUUUCCAGCUUCUUCAAAUCUGCUUAAGCGCGGUCGCAAAAUGGACCGGUGAUCAAGAGCUGCGGGCUGUCUAUUACAGUAUCUGCUAUCGUCACUUGACAGGUCUUGUGGACCAUGGCCAGGGCGGUUCCUUCGGCCUUCGAAAGACAGCUAAGACAAUACAAGCAUUCGGUGAAAAGCUCCUAAAUGUCGUCUGCGAUGAUGCAUUCGGCGGAGAUGCAGCUUGUCAAUCGGCUGCUUUGAUCCUCUUGGCAACUUUAGUCCAACUUGGAAAACAAGAGAAUGAUAACUUUAUAGUAGAGACACUCAAUAGGCUAAAUUUCAUUGGCAUACUCGUCGAUUCUUUACGAGGCGUACUCGCGGAGUGGGAAGCGAUUAAUCAGACAGGUGAUUCAGAGCAGCAGAACUGCCUAAAUGCCAAGCUCGCCCUGUUACUGCAGCUUUGCCAAACGCGCGAGGGCGCUAAAAAUGUUCUGCAUGCGAAUCUAUUCCGCACCAUCGAGUUGUCGGGGCUGUUCUCAGUAGACCCCGAAUUACAAGUUGAUUCUUCGGACGCCAAUGCUUUGGAGAGACACUACACCCUUCUAGUCAAGGUGGCUCGCAUCAUCGGUGCCGCGAUAGUCAGUCGAGGGUCGCAUAAUAUACUCCAAGGAAGACGCUUCUUGACCGAGCAUCGAAUGCUAGUGAUGCAUGUCUUGAAACGCUCAGCCGGAAUUGGAGCCGGAGGCGGGAAGACGAGUGCAUUGCUUUCGGAACGCAUUAGUGAGUUGGCGGAGGCGUUUAUGGUCGUCAUCACCGCAACAGGAUUCCUAGAGUUCGAGGGCGGAAACGUGACCGAGGAUAAACGAUCUGCACCAUUACUAUUCCAUUAAAGAUAAGGAAGAUAAAUAAAUAAACUUCAAAAAUGGUCACGCGACACCUAGAGAUUCAGAUGAUGUAUUUAAGCCUUAAUUUCCCUUGAUGGCGGGCUAGAAAGGACACUAGUACAUGGGAGCUAGCUAGUGUGUGUACCUAGGUACCUAGGUAGGUAAGUUAAAAUAAUACCGGGCGUGUCUGUGUGAGGUUGACAAGGCGCACUGAGAAAACGGGCGUUACCUAGUUUUUAGUGUGGCGCCGUUGAUGAAGCUACCUAACAUAACAAGCAAAGCUUCUUUGCAAUGCAAAUUACCUCAAAUCACAAAAUCAGAGAUCUGCUUUAUUAGUCAUGUGACUGGGUUGGUAUGUGAUGGAGAUUCUAGGAUAGAUUCUAGGAUAGACCUAGUUAACUUAAGUUUGGUUGAGUUUGAAAGUGCAGAGAUGUGUGGGCUGGAAUACGUCUAGAAGUCUCCUGAUGGAGUUCGCUUGCAUAUUAGUGUGCUUGCCAGGCUUGCCACAGAGCAACGUUAUCUAGGCCUAUUCUGAUUGGCUUAAAAAGGAUGUGAUCU